GCGCUGUGUGUGAGCCGAGCCAGCGGCGCGGAGCGGAGCGGGGCGGGCGGCGCGGCGGGGCUCGCUCGGCGCCGCAGCCGUAACCUCCCGUCUCUCCCUCUCGCAGCGGCCGCGGCGACGAUGCAGGCGGAGUCGGGGAUCGUGCCGGACUUCGAGGUGGGCGAGGAGUUCCACGAGGAGCCCAAGACGUACUACGAGCUGAAGAGCCAGCCCCUCAAGAGCAGCAAUUCCGAGCAUCCUGGCGCUUCCAAGCCUCCCUUAAGCUCCUCCAGCAUGACCUCACGAAUCCUGCUCCGACAGCAGCUCAUGCGUGAGCAGAUGCAGGAGCAGGAGCGUCGGGAGCAGCAGCAGAAGCAGCAGGCAGCCCAGUUCAUGCAGCAGCGAGUGCCCGUGAGCCAGACACCUGCCAUCAACGUCAGCGUCCCCACCAGCCUGCCCCCCGCCACCCAGGUGCCCAUGGAGGUCCUCAAGGUGCAGACUCACCUUGAGAAUCCAACCAAGUACCACAUUCAGCAGGCCCAGCGGCAGCAGGUAAAGCAGUACCUCUCUACCACUCUAGCAAAUAAACAUGCCAACCAAGCCCUGAGCUUGCCAUGUCCAAACCAGCCUGGGGAUCAUGUCAUGCCACCUGGGACGGGGAGCAGCGCGCCCAACAGCCCCAUGGCUAUGCUCACCCUCAACUCCAACUGUGAGAAAGAGGGAUUUUAUAAAUUUGAAGAGCAAAGCAGGGUUGAGAGUGAGUGCCCGGCUCUGAAUACACACUCACGAGCAUCAUGCAUGCAGAUGGAUGAUGUGAUUGAUGACAUCAUUAGUUUGGAGUCCAGUUAUAAUGAAGAAAUCCUCGGCUUGGUGGACCCAGCCCUGCAAAUGGCAAACACGUUGCCUGUGUCUGGCAAUUUGAUUGACCUUUAUGGCAACCAAAGCAUGCCUCCUCCAGGACUAAACAUCAGCAACUCAUGUCCAGCUAAUCUUCCUAAUAUAAAAAGGGAGCUCACAGCAUGUAUUUUUCCUACAGAGUCGGAAGCGAGAGCGUUGGCUAAGGAGAGGCAAAAGAAAGACAAUCACAACUUGAUUGAACGAAGAAGAAGAUUUAAUAUUAACGAUCGUAUAAAAGAACUGGGCACCUUGAUACCCAAGUCAAAUGACCCUGACAUGCGCUGGAACAAGGGAACGAUCCUGAAGGCGUCGGUGGAUUACAUCCGCAAGCUGCAGAGGGAACAGCAGCGCACCAAGGAGCUGGAGAACAGGCAGAAGAAGCUGGAACAUGCCAACAGGCACCUGCUGCUCAGAAUACAGGAACUUGAGAUGCAAGCCCGGGCACACGGACUGUCCCUUGUCCCAUCUACAGGCCUUUGCUCCCCUGACAUGGUCAACAGGGUCAUCAAACAGGAGCCUGUGCUGGACAACUGCACCCAAGACAUGAUGCCACACCACACAGACCUGUCGUGCACCACCACCCUGGACCUCACUGACGGCACCAUCACCUUCAGCGACAACCUGGGAAACGUGACUGAACCAGCUGGCACGUACGGAGUUCCUGCCAAAAUGGGAUCCAAACUGGAAGACAUCCUGAUGGACGAUACCCUGUCCCCCGUGGGGGUGACUGACCCACUGCUCUCCUCCGUGUCUCCUGGGGCAUCAAAGACGAGUAGCAGGCGGAGCAGCGUGAGCAUGGAGGACACUGACCAUGCUUGUUAGCACCUGUUGGCACGCCUUUCAUAAACUGCUUUGGUUCUUUGAUCAGUAGAUGAAAUAAUUUACCUUUUGUAGAAUUUUUUUGAUUUUUUUUUUUUUCCCCCUCUUGUGCUUCAUCUGUGUGUGUGCGUGUGUGUAUAUAUUAUAUAUAUAGAAUUUUUUUUAGAAUUUUUGUGAAGAAACUUGUAUAUUCUAUUUUAAAACUACCAAUGCCUCCUAAAUAUUGUACAGCAUAUGUACAGAAUCUGUGAACUGGAUUCGCCAAGAACUUUGAACUGGUCAAAUCUACUCAAAGCAAUAGAAUUACAGAUGAAGAGUCUGUUUCUACUGGGGCGGGGGGGAGGGGGCAAUUGUAGGAUUGUAAAUGCAACCUAUUUACUUGGAAAAAAAAAUGUAAAGUUUAAGAAUGUAAAGAAACAACAACAACAAAAGUCCAAUUUGUAAUUGUAUUAAUUGAAUAGUGCUGCCUUAAAGAUACAGUGUCCCUCAAAUGUUGGUCUUACAUGACAAGUGUUUAGGGAAAAUACCCACCUGACUUCACUCAGAAAACAAACUAAACCCAAGUGUUAAGACAUCCUGAUUGUGUUGAUUGUGAUAUAAAAUGCUGUUGCUGAAACUGCAGGGAGAUGUGAGUGUCUCAGAGUGUUGUUUAAUUUUACUCUGAGCUGAUUUGGGUUUUCCUUUUGAUCAUGGUUCAAGUUUUUCCUCUUAAAUUUUUAUUUUGUUCUGUGACACACACGGGUGGCUUUGCCAGUGGCGAGCCAAGCAGGAGCACUGUAAGUUGGGAUACACUCUUUGGACAAAAAAAAAAUUAUGCAUAUUAUCAGCUGGGCACAUUGUGUUGUACAUAUCUAAUUGGCUUUUUUUUUUUUUAAUUGCAUUGUACAGUUUCUUUUGAUUUGCAUGGAUUCCUUAGUUAUCCUCAACUUUUUGUUUUAAAUUUAUUUGUAUUUCAUUUGUAAGAUUUUUGCCUCUUAAUAUUGCAGCAAUUUUUUGACAUUUUUAAAACUCAUUGGAAGUUUCCUGCGUUCUUUGUAAACACUUGAAAGGAAGCUUUUAUGCAGGGUUCUGUGUUUUAAGAGAGAUUUUGAGAAUAUUUUGUAUAUUACAGUCUCACUUUGAAAAUGUUUUUAAACGCAUUUAAGGUAGAGUAAAAAUUUAGAUUAGGUAAUAAAACAACUCUGUAGAGAAACUGAAUUUACAUAUUUAUUUUUAGUGAUACAGAAAAAGAAGUAGUAAUAUGCUUGGAAACAUAACUAUGUAGUUAAUAUACCCGUUAGAGCAAUUCGUGUUCUAUUUCAGCACUGGGGCUGAUAUAAGAGAAAAAAAAAAAACAACAAAAAAAAAAAAAGAGUAAAUUACUGUAUCUGCAAAUAACUGUUACUUGAUAACAAUGUUAUUAAUUUUUAACAUGCAACCAUGUUGUAAAAGUAGUUUGGUGCAUUAUCUACUCAAGUGUAGUCCUAUGCAAUAACGGUAGUUUUCCUUGUAUUAUAUCCAGCCUAGGUGUUCCACGGAGGUGACAGGUGGUGUUCCGAGCUAGAUGGAGGGAAUGGAAUUCUCCACGGCAGCCUACAGCUGACUGGCAGGCGUAGCUCGUUCAGAAUGAAGUGCCUUAAACUCUAGUUGUAGUCUUCCUCGACUAGCACUGACUGAAGUGUGGCGUAGACAGAGCUUUAGGGUGGUGGUGUACAGGGCAUUGAGGUGUAGCAUGGUGCCUACGGAUAGAAAACCAGAGCUUCCCUUUCUCCUUUGUGCUACACUGGAAAUUACAUAGGAUGAGUGCAACAGUGAGUAACUUGAGUGCCAGUUUGGCCGGCUUUCCAAGCAGACCUUGGGCUCAGCAGGUGGUGUUCAGAAACCAAAUGUGAACUGGGUAGGAUGGGGUGGCUGGGGAUGGUGAUGGGAGUUCCCGCAGCGCAGCUCGCUGAGCCCUCUCCCAGACAUUUCCCCAGGAGGGCUCCCUGCCUGGCACUGCUGCUGUGGCUUGUGGGGCAAGGGCUCCUGGUGUCCCCUGCCUGGCACCACUGCCCCUGGUGUGGGUGGUGAGGGCUCCUGGUGUCCCCUGCCUGGCACCCGUGCUCAGGCUGUGCGGGGCUGUGGAACUCGGGGUCUGUGUUCCUGUCACUCCUCCCAUGGCUGUGUCCAGCCCUCCCUCCCUGCUUGAGCCGCCAGCGAUGUGUUAGCGUUGAUGCAACCACGGGGUUGUGGCUUUUUUUCUUUCUUUUAUAGUUUUUGAAGGAGGAGCUGGAGUUGGGUUGUAACGAUGCCUCUCCCCCCUCACCCCAGACAGCUUUUGGGAAUAGGUCUUUCCUAGGGCAGAGAAGCUCUGGCCCAGGCAGGACCCAGGAGGCUGCAGGAUGUGCUGUGGUCACCAUGGUCUUGGGGCAGGAAAUGCCCCCAGUCCCUGCAAGGCAGCUGUGCCACAGCUCUGAGUCAAGUGUGGGGGUACAGGCUUCUGGUGCUGCUGUUUGGCUGGGGUGACAGGUAGGAAAAUAUGUAAAAAAUGGUUGUAGCUGUAACACAGGGCUGUGUUGCCCUUCCCCAGAAAAUGGGGCAGCUCUGCAGCGUUGGUACAACAAAUCAGGGUGUGCAUGCUGGAGUGUAGUAGCUGAGAAUCCCUGAAGGUAUUGAAUGAGGCUUUUGGUUUGGUGCCUGCCCUGGGCAUUCAGAAACUCAAGUCUAGACUGUGGUAUAUGAAUAUUUUUCAAGCUUAUGUGAAACCACUGGUACUCAACUGGCAGCCGUGACUUCUGAUUUUUGACUGUGUGGAGGUGAGUUAGGAUUCAAGGCCAACCAUUCCAUCAAGAGCUGGAUUCCUUGGCAGAAGUCUCUGUGGCUGCAGGAGCUGUGUUGUGUGCUCCUUUACCUUGUGUUUUCUGGGGUAACACAUAAUUUGGCCCUGCCCUGCUCACUCUUCCCCCCAUGUUUCCUUAGGUUACAGCCCUUCUCUGAGCCUGCCCACCCUUGGAAUGGUGACACUGCAGUGGGGACACCUCUAGGAGACACAGACCCCCCCAGUGGGUGCUAAUGGGAGGUGCCUUUGCCCGCUUGUAGCAUGGUGGAGGGUGUGGCUGUGACAUUUUGCAAGGGUUGGUGGCAGAGGACAGAGGCAGCAGCCACAGGCACGGUUUGGCAUGGCCUAGGUGGAGUGAGAUGGACACAAGCUGCCCGGUCUGGGGACGGUGACGUGUGUGACGCUGGGCAGCGGUGGCUUCCCUGAGCAGGUGGGUGGGGAACAGACCAAUUCUCACUUUGCCAAAGCCAUGCAACAGGCAGGCAUGUGCAGAGUACCACGAAGUUCUUCCUUACUGCUUUUUGGCCUAUAAAGCAAUAUUUAACUCUUACAACCUGUAAAAGCAAAAAGAAGGUACAUAAGGAAAGCACAAAGCACAAAAUAAUGCACUUACAUUUAUGUUGUUUGACAUAAAAUGCACUGGGGGGGAAGCUGAUGUUGAUAAUAGUAUAAAUACCUAUAUUUCUUGAAAAAGUGACAUUAAUUACUGCCUCUUGCUAUGAUGCUUGGUACUGUAAUGUUGAUAUUCAUCUGCUGUUGACUGCAGCAAUAAUUUGUGUAUGGUCCAUAGCACUGUAAAUUAUGGAUCAAUAUUAAUGUAUCCAAUGAAAUAAUUUGAACUGUUGUUCUUGAUAGAUGGAUUAAAGCAUUUGGUUUUUCACAUA